AUGUCUACGACCGACGGCGACAACGGUCCUUCAAGUGGUACUUUAUCAGCCAGUCGCUUUGCAAACGCAGGCGGCGCAUCCUCUCUAGAACAGCGCUUGAUCGAGCUUUACGUGCAAACCCUUCUAAGUCGAGCACACUUGGCUUUCUUCAUUUCGGCGUGCGAUGAUACAGACGUUCAGGAAGAUUCAUUCCACCAAGGCAAGGCCGCGUUGGAAGAAGCAGAAAGAUUAUGCAUGUCAAGAGAGCGGCCUUUGAACAGCCUUUUGGUCGCCAAAUGCUGGUUCGUACGAGGCUUUCUUGCUGACGUCUGUGGAGAGCACGAGAGUGCUUUGAGAUCAUUUCAGCAGGCAGUAGAAUUAGACGACACAUACAAGGAGUUGAAGAGAGUACAGUGGCACUUCCAACGCGACGAAGACUCGCAAGGCUUCAGUGAUGGGUGGGAUUCUUCCUCAUCGACCUGGAGUCACGAAGUAUCACGAGCAAAGUCCGGCAGCAGUGGAACCCGACGAGAAAUGCAUGAGAUGUCGGAUGCCACCUCAUCUCUGGGAAAUCGGCAAAGUCCAGGGACUCCACUCCGCAACUCCAAGCUUGCCUACUCGUCGUCGUCAUCGGUGUCGCGAGAGAGUGUUCUAUUUAAAGAGCUGUUGCGCGAUGUUUCACAGGCACAUCUAGAACGUCUGCGAGAUUCGCUCAGCGUGUCGCCGCCUGACAUUGCCCGACAACCCUUUGAAUCGCCUCAAGUUAAUGUCCGGGGCAGUGACAGCCCUGGCAGGGUGGAUUUUGAUGGGAUCAUGGAACAGUUGAGGAAUGCUCCUCCACCGAAACGUGCUGCUCCUGCAUCCAACACUGGCUCGCCAGCACUGAAAGGGCUUGGUAUUAGCAGGAUCCCGAUGCCCUCGAGUUCCCAGAAGCUCGGGCUUCGACCGCCUAAGCACACGUUACCGAUGAAGAAGCCAAACGGAAACGACGGUACCAUGGCAGCCUUGCAGGAAAGAAUUGAAAGGUCACGUCAAGAACGAGAAGAACGAGAAGAGAGUCGGCGGGAACUCGAAAGAAAUAUGGCAUUGUUGGCGCUCACAGGGCAACAACCUUCUGGAGACGAGGCACUCUUAUCUGACACCCCAAACAUAUCCAAGUCUGAUACUACAAAGAUCGGCUCUCCGCAGAACGUGCAGCCUCUGAAGCUAGCCCUUGAUACUCGUACCGGGCGAAGACCGUCAGGGUCUCUUUCACAACCUACCUCACCAGCCACGCCGAGUCCGUUGAGGAAGGCGUCCCUGCCAGGAGACGAUGUCGUUUUACCCUCGAGCGAACCUCAAGAAACGCAAGGAGACGAAGGCAAUUAG